AUGGGCAUCUGCAUCCAGCAGUGGGAGAACUACACCUGCGACUGCUCCAUGACCUCCUACACAGGGACCCAGUGCAACGACCCUGGGACCACCUACAUCUUUGGGAAAGGAGGGGGCCUGAUCACCUAUAACUGGCCGGCCAACGAGCGGCCCAGCACCAGGACAGACCGGCUGACCGUGGGCUUCAGCACUUCCCUGAAAGAGGGGAUCCUGGUUCGGAUCGACAGUGCUGCGGGUCUAGGAGACUAUCUCAUGCUACACAUACAACAAGGUAAAAUCGGCGUGACGUUCAACGUCGGCACGGUGGACAUCACUGUGCAGGAGAGCACCAUCGCUGUGAAUGAUGGGAAGUACCAUGUGGUGCGCUUUACCAGGAACGGGGGCAAUGCCACGCUCCAGGUGGACAACUGGGCUAUUAACGAACACUUCCCAACAGCAACUAGUGAUUCGGAACGCUACCAAAUGGCAAAUAAGAAAAUUCCUUUUAAAUACACUCGACCUGUAGAAGAGUGGCUUCAAGAAAAGGGUCGUCAGCUGACCAUCUUCAACACCCAGGCAACCGUGUCCAUUGGGGGCAGUGACCGUGGUCGACCGUUCCAGGGCCAGCUCUCCGGUCUGUACUAUAAUAGCCUAAAAGUUCUGGGCAUGGCAGCCGAGGGAAACCCCCACAUCCGCAUCAAUGGCAGUGUGCGGCUGGUGGGGGACGUCUCGAGUGCCGGCUCUGGGAGGAGCACGGCCACGCCCCCGGAUGGAUCCAGUUCAUUCAUGGAGACCACCACCAUGAUGUCGACUACAACUGCCCGCAAACACCGCUCAUCCUCCACCACCCAGCAUACCACAGAUGACAUGGUGUCAUCGGCAGAGUGCUCCAGUGAUGAUGAAGACCUGGAUGAGUGUGAGAGCAGCGUUGCAGGAGGUGAAUUAGCCAACACAAUAUUUCAGGAUCCAUUAGCACCCCUCGUUUUAGCUCCCUGCACCCUCCACCCGUCACUCAGCCCACCACUCACCCCUCCCAUUAAUGAGACCACCAAAGAGCCAAGGCCAGUGCGGUGCGGGCCCCGUGCUUGUCGGACCGAGGCAGCGAUGAUUGUGAUGAUGAUGGCUCCUAUGGUUCUGGCAAAGCGUUCAAGUCAGACCUGCUCCCUUCUGACGAUAAGAAGAUUUGUACACCUCACCCGACCAGAGCCGCACCACCACCACCUCUGCCUCCGCCGCAACCUCCUCACAACUGAAAUGAAUAGCCUCCAGUUCAGCCUGACCUAUUUUGCUUCCAUUGCCCACACCCUUUGUGGUACAGAGCACAAUGCGAGGGGCGCUUUAAUAAUCUCCCCCAUGUCCCAUGAUAUACCCACAGCACUCCCCACAGAGCCGGGCGUCAGGCAGCUCCCAGGGCCCUCAGAGGUGGUUCGAGAGUCUAGCAGCACCACAGGGAUGGUCAUCGGAAUAGUAGCCGCUGCAGCCCUGUGCAUCCUCAUCCUGCUGUACGCCAUGUACAAGUACAGGAACAGGGACGAAGGCUCCUACCAGGUGGACGAAAGCCGCCACUACAUAACCAACUCCGCUGUCCAGAGCAAUGGCAACAUCAUGAAGGACAAACAGCAGAGUCUGAAAGGCAGCCACAAGAAGCAGAAGAACAAGGACAAAGAGUACUAUGUGUGA